AUGGGUCUAUUUUCUAAAUCAUCAAAGGCAUCAUCAACACCGCCUGCUCCUCAAGAAGCACCUCCACCUUAUACAUCAACACCUCAACAACAACCACAACAGCAACAAUACGCUCCACCACCACCUCCAUCAGCACCCCAGAAUCCGGAUACCCGCCAACUAUCGCAGGGAUGGAUUACGCAAUUCGAUCCCUCUUCAGGUCGAUGGUUCUAUGUUUAUACACCUAUGGGUCAUAGACAAUGGGAACAUCCUGCUGAUCGUCCUCUUGGCGCUACUCCUCCACCUCCACCACAACAACAAUAUGGUGCACCUUAUGGUGGCUAUCCUCAGCAACAAUAUGGUGGUUACCCUCAACAACCUUAUGGUGGAUAUCAACCUUACCCACAACAACAACCACAAAUGAUGAUGGCCAACCAACGUCGUGCCGGUGGAGGCAUGAAUCCUAUGUUGGCGGCGGGCAUGGGCUUAGGGGCUGGUGUUUUGGGUUUUGCGGCAGCCGAUGCUAUCUUUGACGACAACGACGGUGGUGGUUUCGAUGGUGGCGGUGACUUUGGUGACUUUUAG